AAUAAAUUGUUGGAGAGGACAUUUGACACUGACAGCAAAAUCACCUGCAUUUCUGUUUAUUUAAAGUGAGCUCUUGUCGGGUUGUGGUUGUGAGCAGUGAGGUUACAUACAGUAAUGCAUUUCCGGUAGAAUUACAUACCGCUACUUUGAUCCUUAUGGUUAAUGAAAAGAAUGAGUUGUCUGGUAUUGAAUAGUUCUUCACUCCUUCGCUGGUAUGUCUUUAAGAAACUCUGUUGACCAAACAAGUGAAGUGAUUCCAUUCUUAUCCGAUCAUUUUCGUCAACGCUUUAGAAACUACUGGACAACAUACCACAACGAUAUAAUUGCACUUAUCAAUAUACGGAGUACUUGAAAUCUUCAAAACAAUUGUUACUUGAAAGUUUUUCCUGACUUGAUCUCUAGACUUGGAGGUAUGCAAAAAUCAUGGAUUCGGGACUUGGGAGUGAUGAAGAUCGUAGAGGUAGGACUAAGGAACAGAAACAGCUCAGAAACCAACAGCUACUAAGCGGUUGCUUCAUAGAUGCAGCUAGUCUUUCUGAUGAUGCUGAUGUUGAUCAGAGAAGGAAUGAUGAACGAAGACAAGGUGCACUUAUAUUUCAAUCUUCUAUUCCCCAAUUUUCCAUGCUCCAAAUGUCUGGUUCAGAAGUAGACAACAAUUUUUCCAAUGUAGAUAAUAGUAUAGCUGGUACUUUUGUAGAGACAACAACCCCUUUCAAUUCAAUUGUUCAGUUGGACUCUGAUGAUUCUGCUAGGAAAUCCCCUUUGGGGUUUUAUGUGGAUUUGAGUGAAGUGCCAGAUAUUCCUAAAAGUGUCCCAUCAGGUGCAAAGAAAAAUAUUUUCUCUAUGGUAAUUGAUUUUGAAGCACCCAAAAAAGAAAAACCUCUAUCUCUGCCAUCGCAUGUGUUACACAGAAAAAAUAAGUGUUUGAAGCAAAAUGGAAAAAUUAAUGAAAGCCUAUCAGGCAGUGGAAGCUCUUUGAAUUCUGUACCGGGUCCUAGUAGGGAUCGUCAAGGGCUUGAUGCAGAAAAGGAUAACUAUUCAUAUAUUGAAAAAUGUACUUCCAGUUUAUCUAGUAGUAAUGAAGAAAUAGUUUUAGAAAAUAAUGAUAAAAGUUGUGAUAUGUUAGAGAAAGAUAUAGAAGAACCGAAAGAAGAAUUUGAACAAGAAGUUGAAACAAGUUCACCACCUCGUAACAUCAAUUCAUUGCCAGAGGACCAGGAAAUUGAGAAAGAAGAAAACCAAAAUCAUGUGAAGAGUUUGCCACAGUUUGUGAAACUGUCCGAUUUAGAAUGUCAGAAAACCAAACUUGAUCUUAACUUGACUCCAAGAAUGAGCAGGUCUAUACCAGAGAGCUCCUGGGUCGAGAGUCCGCUCUUCAUGUCUAGAUCUGCUGGCUGUAGGAGCCAUCCGCAUCCUAUGGAACCAGAAAACGAAGAAAUGUACGAUUCUUUUUCGACAACCGAAACUUGUUCGACCCAACCCCGAAAAUCUGUCCGAAGACUCGGUACGGACUUAUUGAGGAUGUUUCUGGAAGAAAUUGGACCUGAUGUAACCAUCGAGGUUGAAAACCAUAAGAUAAAGGCACAUAAAUGCAUUUUAGCUUCUAGAUGUCAGUAUUUCGCUGCAAUGUUGAGUGGGAACUGGUUGGAAGCAUCCGGAAAUAUAAUUUCUUUACAAGGUUUCUCUUACGAAGCGGUAUAUUUUUCCCUAUGCCAUAUUUACAGUGGUGCGGCUCACGUUCCAGAUUCUAUAAGUGUCAUAGAAUUAGCUUCUUUAGCCGAUAUGUUGGGUCUGGAAGGUCUCAAAGAAGUUGUCGAACAUGCGUUAAGGCAACGGUAUUGUCAUAACUUUCACAAACCAUGCCCCGGCUGUUGUACAGGAGUGACGGAAGUGCUAAUGUUAUCAGCAGCGUACGGGUUGGACGAUUUAUAUCAGAAAUGCUUAGAGUGGAUCACACAAAACUUCGUGAAAAUAUGGCCUAGUAGAGGAUUUUCCAGUUUACCACGAGAACUGAGGGAAAAGUGCUACCAACAGCACGUCGUACACAUGACGCCAGAUCGUGUUUUGGAAACCAAAACGGCCUGCGAGAAAAUCUUAGCUUCUUUACCAUCUAGUAGGUGGGCGGAACCUAUACAACAGCUGGUACAACAAUUAGUCGAUGCUUGUCAUUUGUAUCACCGGCAACAUUAUGCGGCCGUCCUUGUAUCUCCAUCUUUCAUAGCUCUGGAUUCUGGACCAAGUUGGUGCAUUCUACAAAUUGAAGAUCAAAUGGUGUCUGCUGCAACUAACUUGGGAGUUGAACAGGCUUGUAAAAGUUAUUCGAGAUGCUGUAAAAUGUUGGAGCAGUCGUGGUCGAGGAAUUUCGAAGAUUUAUUGAAUAAAAUUAAGUCAACCCUAGAACAGUGUCUUGUUGCACAGGCAGAUAGACUGAUAAGGAGCAACGCUUGGUUAAGACUUGACUCGUCUCUGAGAGCAAGAAUAAAGGAUAUUUCUCCCUCUAGCGAGCCGCCCAGAAGAAUUCCAAGGGCAAAUCCGAAAAAGGCGAAGAUGACUUCUUCGCAAAACAAUCACAGUUCAUCCGAUUCGUCACGCAACUCUAGCCCUGGCAUGAAUCAGAGUCGUGUUCUUAAUUCGAGCGGAAGUCCCUCACUUCGUAGAAGCCUUCUUUUAGCAGCCAAGGCGCCCCAAGUCCCUCCCAGUCCGACAAUAAAUCGUAAGAGUACUUUGACACAGCCAACAGCGGCAAGCGCUGCUAAAUCGACACCGUCCAAGAUUACAAAAAUUCAACCUAAAAUCAACCCAUCUAAACUCAAUAUCCCAUCCAAAAUUUCUCUUCAGAAUAGGGAGAAAACUACGACUGUUAAAAAACCCGAAAUUAAGUCCGCGUUCGUUAAGAGAGAAAAUAAAAAGAUCGAUAACCAAUCACAUUCCCCUUUAAAGUUUGACAGUAGAUCGAGCUCCCCUAGAAAAAUCAAUAGUCAACUGAGUUCUCCGGUUAAGACGGCCUGGAGGUCCUCCUCUCCCCUAAAAACAGAAAGUCAACUUAGCUCGCCCAAAAAACAACACGUCAAUGAUCGAACAACCAACAAUAACGCGUCGAAAAAAUUCGAUAUCAAGAAACAACAGACAAGGCCAACUGUCGUGCGAAAAAAUCCCCCCGAUUCUAAAAUUCUACCGAGAACAAAUUUAAUAACGCAACAGAGGAUGAUGAAACACGCGGUCAAUUUGCAAAAAUCCCAAACCCCCACUAUGAGAAUCAAUCGAACGCAGGGUAAAUCUCACCAACCGACAAAUAUCGCCCAUAAUACUGUUUCAUCGAAGAAAGUUAGAUCAUCAAGCGACAGCCUUCUGCUCAAACAGAAAACGCCAAGUCCUAACGCGUCGAUUUCUCCCGAUAGUGAUGACAAACGAUAUAGUCCAGACGGCGUAAUAUCUCCCGACGACAGACGAAUCCAUUCGAACGCUUCAAAAUUAACUUCUGAAUCCACAGAUAUCGAAGAAAAUAACGCGAAAAAUGGGGAGAGUGAUACGGGGAGUCGAUCGAAUUCCGAGAAUGAAUUGUUUGUUAGAAAAUAUACUGCAAUGCAAAGGUCGGAUACGUUUCUGAAAGAAGAACCAACAAUCAUCGGCAAAUUGAAGUGAGUUCUUCAACUAGUCAUUUCUAGUCAAGUUAUACGGUAUAAGAUCUCUAUUUUGCUAAAUAAAUUUGUGAUAAUAUUUUUAGUUUUUAGUGUUAUAAGUUUUAAACUGAUUUUAAUGUGAAAUAUUUUCCAAUUCAACACCCAAAGAAUACUUCUCUGUAUGUAAUCUGAAGAAUUCAAUAAGCUCUAAAUUAUUUUCGCGUCCUAUAUUAAUUUAUAUUUCUCAUUCGUAGCAUUCGAAAGAAAACAAGUUUGUAAUAUGAUAAAGUUGAAUAACAAACUUAAAAUGAACACGGUAGGUUUCCUUUAAGGCAGUUAUUUUAUAUGUAUACAUUCCAUAUAUACAGGAUGUCCCAAAAUCACUUGUCAUCCUUUAAUUCCUUUAUAUUAAUCUAUAAAACGGGUCGUUUGGCGAAACCAUCGGAGGCUGUCAGAUUGAUCGUCGAAAUAUAUUUCGGAAUAAUAUGUUGGAAAUUCUGAGAAUCUCGACGUGAAAAACAGUCGAUGUUGCAGAUGUAGUUAGAAUUGAGCUUUAGGGGCUUUCCAGUCGUCGUUGAAAUGUUCAUUUGUCGAAAGAAUCCAUAGGAUUCACGGGAUUUGGCUAACUUCACGUUAUAACGCCGAUGAUAACAGAUUUCUGCUUUCAAAGGAACGUGAUAGUACGAGAAAGUACUAUAAAGUAGUAUGAUUAAAAGUUAGGCAAUUAUGUACAUU